GUUCAGACACAAUAAAUAAUAAUAAUAAUAAUAAUAACGAAUAAUAUUAUAUUAAUAUUAAUUAUUAAUUUCUCGCGACGAUGUCGAUGUGUAAAURAAACGGUGCGGGCUGUGCUCGACUCAUCGCCGAUCGAAWUUUCUCCGGUUUUAUUGCUUUCAUAAUUUCGCGUUGGCGGUCCUCGCGUCAAAUCGCCACCAUGGUAGUCUGCUGUUUGAGUCACUGUAGCUGAGGUAUCUAGAUAGUGCAACACACGAAUCAUUGUUGUACUGACUCAUUUGGCGGCCGAUCGACGACCGACGUCUGACRAUAUGUUAUGUAUGGCGGACCAGUGAUGCCGGUCCGGCGACAGUCACAACCGUGAUCCAUUGCUCAGUGUCCGUAGCUAUUGAUGUUUUUGUACGUCAUGAUGUCAUCGAGCACAAAUCGAAUGAUACAGCCUAGGAAUCUGGCUUCGAUAUUGAUGAAAUUGCAUGGUGCCUUUGCCGAAGCCAUUACAUCGCCUAAAGCGUCCAUUGAUAAGCGCACGCUAGAGAAGACAUGGAAGCUGAUGGACAAGGUUGUGAAACUGUGUCAACAUUCCAAGAUGAACCUAAAGAACUCGCCACCGUUCAUACUUGACAUACUGCCAGACACGUAUCAGCGGCUCAGGUUCAUUUACACACAGUAUGAGAAUGACCUUUCUGAGCUGUACAACAAUGAGCAUUUCAAUGUUUUUAUUUUGAAUGUGAUACGUAAAUGCAAACAAGCCAUAAAAUUGUUCAAGGAGGGCAAGGAAAAAAUGUAUGAUGAAAAUUCACAUUAUAGGAGAAAUUUGACAAAAUUGAGUUUAGUGUUCAGCCAUAUGCUUAGUGAGCUCAAAGCAUUAUUUCCAAAUCAUAGGUUUGCUGGUGAUAAGUUUAGAAUAACCAAAAGUGAUGCUGCAGAAUUUUGGAGAUCUAACUUUGGAAUGAGCACUGUAGUUCCUUGGAAAUUAUUUCGUAGUGCUCUUCAUGACGUACAUCCAAUUGUGAGUGGAUUAGAAGCUAUGGCUCUCAAAUCAACAAUAGAUUUAACAUGCAAUGAUUACAUAUCAAAUUUUGAGUUUGACGUUUUUACCAGAUUGUUUCAACCUUGGCCAACUUUACUAAGAAAUUGGAAGAUAUUAGCUGUUACGCAUCCAGGAUAUGUUGCAUUUUUAACAUAUGAUGAAGUUAAAGCUCGUUUAGAAAAGUUUAUCACUCGACCAGGGAGUUAUGUAUUCCGUCUAAGCUGCACACGACUUGGACAGUGGGCUAUUGGUUACGUGACAACAGAGGGUGAAAUAUUACAGACCAUUCCUCAAAAUAAAUCCUUAUGUCAAGCAUUAUUAGAUGGUGCUCGUGAAGGAUUUUAUCUCUAUCCAGAUGGACAAAAAGGAAACCCAGAUCUGUCAAAUGCUGUGGAACAAAGUCCAGAAAAUCAUAUUAGAGUUACUCAUGAGCAGUACGAAAUGUACUGUGAAAUGGGAUCUACUUUUCAGAUAUGUAAAAUAUGCACAGAAAACGACAAGGACGUUCGCAUUGAGCCAUGUGGUCAUCUUUUGUGCACACCAUGUUUGAACUCUUGGAUGGAGUCUGAUGGCCAAGGUUGCCCUUAUUGUCGGGCUGAGAUAAAGGGUACAGAACAUGUUGUAGUAGACCCAUUUGAUCCAAAAAGAGUCAAAUAUAAAACCGUUCCCAUCAUGCCUAUUGUAGUGCAACAUUCUGAUGAUGAAGAAGAUGGCGAAGAUGAAGAGGAGGUGGUAAAAUAACACACAAUGUCGUCGUCGUCGGCGACAUUUUUCCAGCAAGGAAAGUAUAAUAGUUAUAAAUAAUAGUUAAAGAAAAAAGUUGUUGAGACAAUUUUACUGUGAUAUCGUAUUGUAGACAUUUUUUAAUUUGUCUGCAUUAAAUAUUUCGUUUUAAAUAUGACGUAACAAAAUUCCCAUUGGCGAUAUGUAUUGUCAAUAAGGCGUAUUUUUUCGUAUGUGAUAACUGUUAUGUUAAAUAUAUUAUUCAAAUAAAAUGUGAUAGAAAAUAAGAAGAGUAACAUAUAUAUAUAUAUAUACAUAUAAAUUAUAUUUUUUAAUUAAUUUAAUGACAGUAGGAGAUAAUGCAAUUGAGUAUAGUGAUUACAUUUUAAGAUAAAAUAUGAUUGUGUGUUUUUAUAUUAUAUAUUACAAUAUUUAUAUAUUUGUCCUAUAGUAUUUUUUGAACCCUAUGAUUUGAAAUCAAUGUCCAUACCAAUUUAUUUAUUUGUUUGUUAUUUUUAUUAUCUGCUACAAUAUGAUUUAUAUAUUUAAUUUAAAUGUAUUGUAUGGAUUUGUUAUAUGGUAAUGGUUCUCUUUAAAAAUUAUAAGAAUUAAAGUGAUUUCUGAAGUAAAGASAGCGAUACUAACAUAUUUUU